GCGGUGACUCCGUGUGUUUGUCUUACCACGGCGGCGGUGGUGAGCACGCAGGCGGUGGUGUAAGCCCGGGUAACGACCGGAAUCUGGAAAUACUCCUGCUGGAGCGUCUGGUCAACUGACCCUCUAAUGGACCGCUUUCUCACUAAAGCCUGCACUGGUGAACUGAUGCACUGCAGUAUUUUGGCUUUAUGGACAGAGCGAUAGAGUGAACGUCUAGUUGCUUUUAAGGGGAAGUCCUCUGUUGGAAGUCAGAGUGAUGAUGAAGAUGAGGCACAGGGGAUGAUGAUGAUGAUGAUGAUGAUGUAGAUUCUCGCGAUAGUAUCACGCGCUCGGUCCUCUCAGUGCGGCUUCUGUAAUGGCGGUUAACAGCAUCCGAGGCCGCCCGUCACGGAGCAGUCGGAUGCGAGGUCGGAAUGACAGCGGGGAGGAGAACGUGCCGCUGGAUCUGUCCAGAGAUCCUGCAGAGAAUCUUCGUGACAUCCUUCAAAAUGUUACAAAGCAGCAAGGAGUCUCCAACAUGCGCAAACUCGGUCACUUAAACAACUUUGUAAAGCUCCUCUGCAGUGUCGGCCACUCAGAGGAGAAGCUUGGCUUUACAUAUGAGGAGAUGAUUAUUUGUCUCCGGUUAGCAUUGUUGAACGAAGCCAAGGAAGUACGUGCAGCUGGAUUGCGAGCUCUACGUUAUCUGAUCAGAGACAGCAGUGUACUGGAGAAGGUGCUUCGGCUGCAGGUGGACUAUUUGAUUUCGAGGUGUAUAGAUAUCCAGCAAAGUAAUGAGGUUGAAAGAACACAGGCUCUCAGGCUGGCACGAAAGAUGAUCACUGUGAAUGCACUGAUCUUCCCCUCCUCUGUCAUCAACUCUCUCAUUGCCGUGGGCAACGAUGGGUUGCAUGAACGAGAUCGUAUGGUGCGAGCCUGCAUUGCCAUAAUCUGUGAGCUCUCUUUGAAGAACCCUGUUGUGGUGGCACAGCGGGGCGGUCUCAGCACCAUUCUGAAGAGCGUGACCGACUGUCAGCUGAGUCGCAUCAAUGAAGCUCUCAUCACUACCAUCCUGCACCUCCUCAACCACCCACACACCAGGCAGUACGUCCGGCCUGACGUUGAACUCGAGCAAAUCCUGGCCCCGUACACAGACUUCCACUACAGACACACCCCUGACAUAGCAGAGGGGCAGCUCAAGGAGGAUAGGGAGGCUCGAUUCAUGGCCAGUAAAAUGUCUAUAGUUGCCUCAUUUCGUUCCUGGUCAGGCAUCAUUAACCUUUGCAAGUCAGGCAACUCUGGAAUCCAGUCUCUUAUUGGCUUACUGUGUAUACCAAAUAUGGAAGUACGGAAAGCUUUGUUGGAGGUGUUGUAUGACAUCUUCCAGCUCGUCAUACCUGUAGUGACUGCAGACUUCAAUGAAGCACUGAGUAGUGUAGAACCCAGCAGAUUUCAGGACAGCUGGAGGUUGUCUGAUGGAUUUGUAGCGUCUGAGGCGAAAACAAUUCUCCCAAAUCGAUCAUGCUCAAGACCGGACCUAAUGGACAAUUAUCUGGCUCUGGUGCUUUCUGCCUUCAUUAAGAGUGGACUACUAGAGGGUCUGGUCACAGUGAUCACCAGCAGCGAUGACGCCAUGUCCAUACGGGCUACCAUCUUGGUUGGCGAACUUCUCCAUAUGGCCAACACCAUCCUCCCUCACAGCCACAGCCACCAUCUGCACUGCUUACCCGCCCUCAUAAACAUGGCGGCUUCCUUUGAUAUCAUUCAGGAGAAGAGACUACGAGCGAGCGCUGCAGUCAACUACCUGAAGUGUUUUCACGAGAAGAAGAGGCGAGGAGCUAAACCUUACAGUCUCUACUUGGACCACAUCCUGCGCACAUCAGGAGCAUCACACGACUGUCGAGAGCAGCACUUUAGACCUCACAGAGACAUUUUCAUUGUCAAGGAAACUGAGGAUGCUCUGAUGACCAACAUGAGAGACAGCCACAUCCUCAACCACAAGGAGAACCUAGACUGGAAAUGGUGUCUCAUUGGAACCAUUCUGAAGUGGCCAAAUAUUAGUUUACGUAGCAAUAAGGAUGAACAAAUGCACAACCUUGUUUCUGUGCGCCUUUGUCUGUACAGAUUUGUGCGAAGGCUGCUCUUCUUUUAUAAGCCCAGCAGUAAGUUGUACGGCAGCCUGGAGCUGGAGCAUCCCAAGGCCAGACAGCUCACUGUGGUCGGCUGUCAGUUUGUAGAGUUCUUGCUGGCGUCUGAAGAGGAAGGUCAGGCCUACCUGGAAGACCUGGUGAGGGACAUUGUCCACUGUCUGUUCUCUUCUACUGGACUCAAACCUGACUACAGUCUGCAGGCCAGUGGGCUGCUAACCACACUCAGCCAGCACUACUUCCUCUUCCUGGGCACCCUGUCCUCCCACCCACAUGGCGUCAAGAUGCUGGAGAAGUGCAACGUCUUUCAGUAUUUGUUGAACACGUGCAGUCUGAAGAAUCAAGAGCACCUGCUGAAGCUGACAGUCUCCACACUGGAUUACAGUCGAGACGGUUUGGCUCGAGUCAUCCUGUCCAAAAUCCUCACUGCUGCCACUGAUUCCUGCAGGCUGUACGCCACAAAGCACCUGCGGGUCCUACUGCGUGCCAGUGUGGAGUUCUUCAGUAACUGGGGCAUUGAGCUUCUGGUCACUCAACUUCAUGACCACAAUAAGACCAUUUCCAUGGAGGCACUGGACAUCCUGGAUGAAGCCUGUGAAGACAAGGCCAACCUUCAUGCACUUAUAGAGAUGAAACCUGCUCUCACACACCUGGGGGACAAAGGUGUGCUACUGCUGCUAAGGUUUUUAUCUAUUCCAAAGGGUUUCUCCUAUCUCAGUGAGAGAGGAUAUAUCACGAAACAGAUGGAGAAAUGGCAGAAGGAGUAUAACUUGAAGUAUGUUGACAUGAUAGAAGAGCAGCUCAAUGAGGCCCUCACCACAUACCGCAAGCCUGUUAAUGGAGACAACUACGUACGCCGCAGCAACCAAAGGUUACAGAGGCCAAAUGUUUACCUUCCUGUGCAUCUGUACAGUCAACUGGUUCACGAUAAGACUGGCUGUGAGCUACUUCAAGCUCAGAAUGUGGUUCCUGAUUUAAGUUACACUGUUCGAUGUCCAGUCCUGGACAAAUGGGAGGGCAUCAAGCAGCUGAAGGCAGCACUUUGGGCUUUGGGAAACAUAGGCUCAUCAAACUGGGGUCUGAACUUGCUGCUGGAGGAGGGGGUGAUCACUGAUAUAGUGGCUCUGGCCCACGACUGUGAGGUUCUGUCCAUCAGAGGGGCCUGUCUCUAUGUGCUUGGCCUCAUCAGUAAGACAAGGCAGGGCUGUGACACGCUGAAGCAGCAGGGCUGGGAUGCAGUGAGACAUAGCCGUAGUAUGCUGUGGCCCAUAGUACCGGAAGAGCUGGAGCCGCAGCCCAGACCCUACAACCUGCUGUCCUCUGUCCCCAGUACACUCAGGCAAGACAGCGAGAGUGACUCCGUACAACCCAGUGUGUGUAUGCUCGAUGAUGAGAGGCUCGAAGGCUGUGACUUCUCAGAGGACUCUUCUCUGUACAUGUGCCCCAAAGUGAUGAAGGACCGAGGCCCCUUCACCAUGCUGGCCUCUUCCCGUUUCCGUAACCGCCUUCUCCACUCGCUGUCGCUCCCUGGAAAGAAGCCUCGCCCCACCCCUUACUCUAAAGGCACCAGCCAAGGAGGGGGGCCGGAUGGAAAAAAGGGGCUCAAGCACUCUCUUGCAGAACCUCCCAGCUACUCAUUUGUAGCAGCAGAUGUUUUCCCAAUUUACAACAGCAACAAAGCCAUAGAAAAUGGUGGGAGCACUCCCAGCAUCGGGGAGGAGGAAAUGGACGGGUCAGGGGUCAGGACAGCUGAGAACCAGCGGGAGCAGUGCAGCUAUGAGCGUUUGGCUGAAGAUGGACCCUCAGGAGGAGGCAGUGGAGCCCAGUAUAAGAGCCGCAGCCAGAGCUUUAACACAGACACCACCACAAGCGGCAUCAGCUCCAUGAGCUCUAGCCCCUCCAAGGAGACCCUGCCCUCCACCAUCGACACAGACUGUGUCAGCCUCAACACUGUGAUAAGCACCCAGACCAUCCAGAACGCGCACUCACUCACACCCCAGCCCUGCUUCACACCACUCUCAAUUCCCAAGUCCUGUUCUACCUCACUCGUCCCACCUGGCUCCUCCCACACCUUGCCCCGUCGAGCCCAGUCCCUCAAGUCCCCCUCAGUGACCACCCUGAGCAGCUUAGCUGACUACACCCUGUACUCUAGCUCCAGAGAUGUUUUGGGAUAUGCCGCACUGAAGUACUCAAGCUCCCACAAUGGCUGCACAAGUCCUCGUGACGCUCUGGGCUAUGCCACCCUGAGGAGGCUGCAACAUCAGCGCAUCCAACCGUCUCUGUCGCACAGCGAGUCCCUGGCCUCCCCAGCCAAAGACAUCCUCUUCACUGAUGCCAUCACCAUGAAUACAGGCAGUCUGGACUCCAGACUCACGUCACGGAGAUUUCUAAAAGCUCUGAGCUUUGCAUCUCUGGAUAAAGAAGACCUGCUGAGUCCAAUCAGCCAAACUACACUGCAGCGCUCCUCCUCUGUCCGCUCCAUAGUGUCCAGUGCCACCUAUGGCUCCUCUGACGACUACAUCGGCUUAGCAUUGCCUGUGGAUAUCAACAACAUGUUCCAGAUUAAAGAAACACCAUACUUCAAGAAGAGGCUGAGUCCGCCUUCUGACGAGCGCUCAGCUAAGUUCUUCUCUGGAGAUUCUGAUGGUCCCGGUGAGGGAUGUCGCUCAUCAAGGCUCUGCUCUCAGCUCAGUAUCACCGAGCUGAUGGCGGUGAGCCGGGCAGAACAGAAACAGAUGCUGGACUCAGAGGAGACGGGUCUCCAAGAGCACAACGAUAACAACUGCCUGUACUGCGCUGGGCUGACUGUGCUUGGUUUCAACUCUCAACACAGCACCCCAGAUCUUGAGGUGCCCCCGUUCUCAGAGUGGUGCAGUUCACCUCCAGCAAACCACGUGGAGGUCGUGGUCCAAGCCAAGCUGUCAGGGGCGUCUGGAUGCAGUGACACCGUGUCCCAGGGAUCUGGAGGUAGUGGCCGCAGCACAGAACUUGUUCUGGGAGUGAAGUCCAUAGAAGAUGCCCCGGCUGGCAGGGUCCUGCUGAGGAAGGAGGUGCUUCGUCUGAUCAUCAAUCUCAGUUCGUCUGUGGGGACCAAAAACCACGAGACCAGCCUGUUAACGAUCAAGGAGAAGUUCCCCUGUGCGUUCGAUGACAUCUGUCUGUAUUCAGAGGUGUCCUACCUGCUGGCUCACUGCAUGUUCCGCCUGCCCUCACGCCGCUUCAUUCAGGAGCUCUUCCAAGAUGUGCCAUUUAUACCAAUUUAUGAAGAGGCUGAGAGCAUCCUGUCCAUGUCGUCACAGAAGCCGCCGUCUCCACGCUCUGAUACUUGAAUCACCCUUUCACUUCUCUGAAGUUUGACCCUGAAUUCAGCUUUGUGUGUCACAUCCCGACCUGUCCGUGAAGAUGUCUUACGCACACUUCUCACUGCAAACCUACAUCACAUCCAGCCUCACCAACAACUCAGCACACGAGAGGGGAAGCAGCGACUUUGAGACGAUUAUCAUCACACAGAACGAUCCAGUGGCAUGUGGUGAUUCCAGCUAAGGUUGGUUUUUCUCACACACAUGGCCCCCUCACCCUCGUGCCCCCCUGCUGGUACUCAACAUACAAAAAAAAACAAAAAACCCUAAGCUUUUCCCAAAGUGGAUCUUUGACUUGAUACUAAAGAUGAUGUGCCAACACACUUCCUGUACUUUUGAUACAACACUGAACACCUCCUCAUUCUGAGAAAGGACUCAUUUGUUGUGGAUGGUGAUUGGUCUGAUGUUUGCACAUGGUUGGAGGAUAUAAAUCAGAUGGAGUGAAGUCAGACAAUCAUCAGAGUUCUCCUUCUAAUCUUCUUUAAUCAAGUUAUUUUAGCAACAUUUAGCACUAAUGCUGAUACAAGAUGAGUGAAAACACUGUGUGAAAGCAGAGAAGGUAGCUCUUGCUGUAUUUACUAGAGUUUGGCUUUGCCUGUUAAAUAUUUAAAUGAACAUUCAAAGGUUUAUGAACAGCACUGAAAUAUGGAGCAGGAUUCUUUUUGUGUAAGGCCAUUAGGUACUUUUAUUCACUAGAUUAUCUGAUCAAUGCUAAAUUUAUUUUAUUGCUAUAAAGCAAUUUUCAGCCACAGUUAGGUUGUUUUUUUCCUGAGGUUUGCACAAAGACUCCAUCUUAUCAAAGUGAAAUUAUAUUCCUGAGAAGUAUAUGAAGAUUUUUAAAAUAGAAAAGGUUCCUAUACCUGCUGUUUAAUAUCAGCAGAGUCCUUCCUGCCAUAUUAUGUUUUGGUAUUGCCCAUCUCAGGUUCUGGCAUGACACUGGCUCCGCUCCCCAAUCCUCCUCUUCUUCUUCUCAGUGGUCCAUAACAUCUGUGGUACAAACACUAACACUCCCCCAGUGCACUGAGCUCACAGUCUGGGC